ACCGGCGGUCUAAAAACUGCGAAGCCAGAUGAGAUUUGUAACUUCCCCUUUUAAAAUAGCGCUCACAUGAAUCGCUACAACAGCGCUGUAACGGACGAGGUUUGGUCGGUGGAGUCGGAAGGUGUAGCAUAUAAGAAAGCUACUAUAUUUGGAAAACAGGUUAUCUAACGUUAUACAUUAUUUGUUGAAUUAGAGGAUCGGGACAGGAUUUUUCUGCUGUCCUAAUCGAUGGCGCCUCGGCAGCUGAACGUGUGGCCAGAAUGUCAUUCUGCAUGAUCUGAACGAAAUAUCGCUGCACUUCGUAUUUUUCCCCAAGGACGGGUGAACGCUUUGGAUCGGUUUUUAUUUUCUGCAAAAAUAAUGGCGUUCUUGUUAAAUAGGAUUAUGAAAGGAUGUCCUCUGUCUCGCUGACCUGACUCCUCGCCGUCGCUCUGGACUGUUUACGAUUUAGUUUUUAAUUUUCUCAAAAGAUAUUUGCCCUUCAUGCAAAUAUCGCACGACAAAUGCGCACAAUACUGAAUGCUAUGGGGUUGAAAGAGUGAUGUCAGUUUAUUGUGCUCAGACGGGAAAUGCUGGUCUCAAGGAUGUGACUCGACGGGAAUACGGUUCAGCGAUUUUCCAUUCCAGCCCGAGCGCGUCUCCUAAUCGCUCAUGAUGCACAGAGGUUUACGGAGACUCGUGCACCUGGUGCUGUUUUGCCCUCUGUCGAAGGGGCUGCAGAGUCGUCUCCCGGUGUUAAAGGUGAAGUACCUGCUGCUGGCCUGGUUGGGUAUCCUGGUGGCCAGCUGGGUCCUCUACAUGCAGUAUGCCUCCUACUCCGAGCUCUGCCGAGGACAUGUCUGCCACAUGGUCAUUUGUGACCACUACAGAAGCGGCAUUGUCUCAGGGUCGUCCUGCAAGGCCUUAUGUGAGGAAAGGACUCUGACCCUGCAGCGAUGCAUGUCCACCUCCUCCACACAUCAGGUGUACAGUGGUGUGUGGAAGGAGAGGCCUGUGGUCAUUAAGUGUGGUCUGGAGGAGCCUCUGAAGGGAGACGGUGCUCCUGACUCUGUACUGAGACAGGAAAUGACCCUGUAUGACAAGCCCACCCGUGGGACCUCCAUGGACGAGUUCAGAGAGAUGCUGCACAGCUUUCUGAAGUCUAACCUAGGGGAGCAGCCCUCUCUCACCACCUUGGUAGGGCGUGUCAUCACCCUGGCUGACGUCAACAAGGACGGCAAGGUGUCCCUGGCCGAGGCCAAGUCUGUGUGGGCUCUCCUCCAGAUUAACGAGUUCUUGCUGAUGGUGGCUCUGCAGGAGAAGGAGCAUACCCCUAAACUCUUGGGCUUCUGCGGGGACCUGUACGUUACUGAGCGCGUGAGCCACAGCUCCCUCUACAGGCUGGAGGUCCCCAGCUACCUGCAAGCGUUAGUCCCGGAGGCCCUAAGCUCCAGCAUGAACCAGUGGCUGGCCCCGGCGUGGCCCCGGAGGGCCCGCAUCACCAUCGGCCUGCUGGAGUUCAUAGAAGAGGUGUUCCACGGGGCAUAUGGCAGCUUCCUGAUGUGUGAUGCCAGCCCGCGCCAUGUGGGCUACAACUUCAAGUACGACUGCAAGAUGGCCGACCUGCGCAGUGUGGCGUCUGAGACGGCAGUCCGGGAGUUCCUGCGGGGGCGUCACUGCGAGACCAACGCUGACUGCACCUUCGGGAGUGACUGCACGGCCACCUGCGAUCGGUUGGUGAAGCAGUGUAACACGGAAGUGGUCCAGCCCAACCUGGCCAAGGUGUGUGUGCUGCUACAAGACUACCUGCUGUUCGGGGCGCCCCAGGACCUCCGUACAGACCUGGAGAAGCAGCUCAGCACCUGUGUGACGCUCAGCAGCCUGGCUAGCCAGAUGGAGGUGCACCACUCACUGGUCCUCAACAACCUCAAGACCCUGCUGUGGAAGACCAUCUCCAACACACAGUACUCCUGAGGACCACAGAGAUACUAGGAUCCUGGCUCAGACCUGGGUCAUAUUCAUUAGAGAACUUGACUCGGGUAGACCUAACAUUAAUUUGUGGAUGUCCAUCUAUUUCAUGUUACAAAUUUCAAUUUGAGUCCAAUGUUAGCUAAUGUGGCAGUUAUGCUAAGUAGUUGGACAUAAGCAUUAUACGCACACCCAGCCACCUUGUUUUUGCCUGGCGUGUCCUGGAUUUGUUUACUGUUACAUCUAGUCAGGAACGCUGCGCUCCUGAGUGGCGCAACCUGGUUGAAGUCCCAUAGGGCAGUGCACAAUUGGCCCGUGUCGGCUGUCAUUGUACAUAAGUCAAAUUCUUAAUGUUGAUGGCGUGCUCUGAUGAAUACAACCCUGAAGUUCCCCCAAUAGAACUUCAACCAGGGCAAAACUACAGGACCUGCCGAUAAGGGAAGCAUGUCCAAACUCUACCGUCAUUUACUCUAGAGGUACUUGUACUUUUCUUAGAGCCAUGCUGAAAACUUAAAUUGGAAGGUUGAUGUAUGCUCUGGGCCUUGCGAUGGUAAUUUGAAACUACUCUACUUUUAAGAGAAGUCGUACUGAAUAAACUAGUGCCAUGAAAAAAUCUGA